AUCACAACCACACAACACCACAAUGGGAAAGGGAACGGAUAAACUCUAUAUUACGCAUUCCGAGUGGGCCUCGGCGGGCGCGUACUCUGCGAGCGGUGGCGCCUCGAUCAAUGGCCAAUCCGUUCCAUUUCGCAAGCUUCCCUACAACUUCUGCGCCGCGUCGCUCCAGCCGUUUAAGAACCCAGUGUGCACGCCAGACGGAACAAUAUUCGAUGUCGAAGUCAUUGGCGCGUGGCUGGAGAAGCACCCGAACCAGAACCCCGUCAACGGCGAGCCGCUAGCGAAGAAGGACCUGAUCAAGCUAAACUUUGCGCGCAACUCCGAGUCGACGGGCGAAAUCGGAGCGACCGAUGGAAAAGGCGACCUCAUCGACCCUGUUACCUAUAAAGUAUUUACCGAUAACACGCAUAUUGUCGCAGUCCGCCAUGGCUCCUACGCCAACGUCUUUUCGUGGGAUACGGUCGAGCGCAUGAACAUCAAGGCCAAGAUGUGGCAAGACUUGAUGGACGACGAGCCAUUCACAAGAGCCGAUAUUAUAACACUGCAAGAUCCGAAAAAUGCAGCUAGCAGGAACCUCGACCAGUUCAAAUACCUGCAAGAGGGCAAAUCAGCGCAGCUCACCAAGGAAGCGGAAGAGGAGCGCAAUGCAAGCAACAUCAACGCCGCCUCGCUUGGCUCAAUGGGCGAAAAAGUCCUCAAGGCCAAAGCAGCCGUCGAAAAGGCCCGCAAGGCCCGCGAAGCCGGCGCCGAUAUCAACCGCAGCUCAGGCGCGCUCACGAAAUCCUCGGCGCCGAGCGCACCUGUAGCACCCCUCAUCCGCGAGAAGAAGACGGCCGCCAACGCCGCUGCAUACACAACAGGCAGAGCUGCUGCGAGUUUCACAUCCACAGGUCUGACUCCCGAAACAAGCGGCGAGCGCGCGCUUCUUACAGACGAAGAGUUUAUGCUCAAGCCCAAGCGCAUCAAGAACAAGGGCUACGCGCGCCUGGAGACCAACCUCGGCGACUUGACGCUCGAGUUACACACCGAUACGGCGCCGAAGGCAGUAUGGAACUUUAUCCGCCUCGCCCAAAAGGGAUACUACAGAGGUGUAGCGUUCCACCGCAACAUCCCCGGCUUUAUGAUCCAGGGCGGCGACCCGUCAGGCACGGGUAAAGGCGGCCAGAGUAUUUGGGGUAAAGCAUUUGACGACGAAUUUGAGGGCGGACAGACACACACAGCGCGGGGCGUCGUGUCCAUGGCCAACAAGGGCAAGAACACAAACUCGUCUCAGUUCUUCAUUACGUACAAGGCAGCACCGCACCUUGACCACAAGCAUACCGUGUUUGGCAAGCUUAUUGACGGCCUGCCUGUGCUGACGAAGAUGGAGGAUGUGCCGACGGACGGGUCCAACCGGCCGCUGAAUAAGAUUGUGAUCAAGGACGUGGUCGUCUUUGUCGACCCGUUUGAGGAAUUCCAGGCGGCGAAGAAGGAGACGGAGCGUCUGGAGAAGGAGAGGGAGGAGAUUGUGCGGAUGGGCGGCACAGAGGCCGAUAGAACGACUUGGACGGGUAAACGGAUCAGAGGAGAUGGAUCGGUUGAGUUGGGAGGAGGUGUUGGUAAGUAUCUUGAGCAGGCAAUGAGCAAGGCGGCGAAUAAGUAUGGCAAGGCUGGUGGUUUGGAGGAGCAUGAGGAGGCACCGCGGAAGAAGAUGAAGGGAACAGGAGGGUUUGGCAAUUUCGACGGUUGGUAGACAUAAUGUAAAAAGAUAACUGGAUACAAAUCGGAAUUUAAAACUUGUGUAUUUAUUAGCUACUAGAUAGAAUUCUAUGCUACAGUGGGUAAGCAAAAGUUACAAGUAAACUGGUUUAUCGUCAA